AUGUCGCUUUGCAAACCGCGGAUGCUUCGCACCCCAUGCACGAAGACGAAAUCGAGUGUCUCUUCAUCUCCGAACAGGACAUCUUCGCUCACGCUAGGAUCUGUGCGUACGUUCGCCGCCGCGGCCAAGGGCGUUAUUCCCCGGUUCAGAGUCAACGAGAAGCGCCUCUGGGAUGCAAUCCACCACACUGCACAAUGGGGCGCCACGCCGGACGGGGGUAUCCGGCGUCUCGCGCUGACAGAUGUGGACAAAGCCGUGCGAGUGUGGCUCGUCUCGUCGGUCAAAUCGCUGGGCUGCAGCGUGAAAGUGGAUGAGAUGGGCAACAUCUUCGCCACGCGUCCGGGAACUUCCUUGUCGCUCCCUGCGAUUGGAAUUGGCAGUCAUCUCGACACGCAGCCGGCGGGCGGGCGCUACGACGGCAUCCUCGGUGUGCUCGCUGGCGUUGAGGUACUGCGUGUCCUCGAGGAAAACGGGCACAAGUCGAAUGCGCCGAUCGCAGUCAUCGACUGGACAAAUGAGGAAGGGGCGCGAUUCAACACAGGUAUGGUGUCCUCGGGCGUCUGGUCCGGUCGAUACACGCUGGACUUUGCUCAUGCACUCCCUGCCACGGAGGACAAGACCAAGGGAAUGACCUUGAAGAGCGAGCUGAGGCGGAUCGGGUUUCUGGGCACGUUACCGGCGUCGUACGAGGCCAACCCACUGAGUGCACAUUUUGAGCUGCAUAUUGAGCAGGGUCCGGUCUUGGAAGACGAGGGGAAGCAAGUGGGGGUCGUAACCGGCGUGCAGAGUAUGGGAUGGCUCAUCGUGACGGUCCACGGAGAGAAUCAGCAUUCAGGUACCUGCCCGAUGGCUCGCCGAGCAUGUGCUCUUACGUCUGCUGCUCGGAUGAUAUCCCGCGUUGAGGAGAUAGCCGUCGCGGCUGAUGGUCUAUCGACGGUGGGGGUCAUCAACUCGUGGCCCCAGUCUCCAGCCACGGUACCUCAUAAAGUUGUCUUCAGCGUCGACUUGAGCCACCAUUCCACCGAAGUUCGAGAAGCCAUGAUAGCUGAGACCACUUCAGAUUUCGCGCGAAUCGCCCAUGCCAACAAGUGUUCUGUCGAAAUCCAAGACAUCUGGAACAGCCCUGCUGUGCAAUUCCACCCGGACUGCAUCAGCUGUGUAAGGGAAGCAGCCAUAACCGUAGCUGGCACGGACGGCGUCAAGGAAAUGGUGGCUGGUGCCGGACAUGACAGCGUCCACACAGGCGAUAGAGUCCCGACGAGCAUGAUUUUCGUGCCAUCCAAGGGCGGUAUCUCGCAUCACCCAGAUGAAUUCACGUCGUCAGAACAGUGGUAA